CAAAUUUCGACGUUUCCUCCACAGACCAUCUUUCUACGAUGUUGAGACUCGUGGCCUUGACCUUGUGCUUGUGUCACGUGACGCUGACCGUACAGGCAAUUUCCUUAGUGCGCGUGACGUCACCAACCAGCUCGUACGUGGGCCAGGCAGUGACCACUGAGGAUGGGCGGAGCUUCCACGCCUUCAGGGGCGUGCCCUACGCCGAGCCGCCAGUGGGAGAUUUGAGGUUCCGGAAACCUGUGGCCAAACCGCCUCUUGACGGUGAGUACCAAGCGCUGGGGUUCAAACCUUACUGUAUCCAGAUGAACUAUAUGCCGUCUUCGUUUGGAGCUGGACAGGAGGACUGUCUAUACCUGAAUGUCUUCACACCCGGCCUGCGGAGCUCUGGUCAGUCAUCGGAAUUGUUGAAGGUCCUUUUCUUUAUCCACGGAGGGGGGAACCUCAACGGCUUCGCGGAUUUCUACAUGCCUGGCUCUCUGGUCACCCACAAUGACGUCAUAGUGGUCACUAUCAACUACCGGUUGGGUCUCCUGGGCUUCCUGUCUACCAACUCGAGCGCUAGCCUCGGGAACUACGGGCUGUGGGAUCAAGUCCUGGCUCUGAAAUGGGUGAAGAACAAUAUCAGGGCUUUUGGGGGAGACCCUGAGGCUAUCACGGUGAGCGGCGAGUCAGCGGGUGCCAUCGACACGUCAGUUCUGACCCUCUGCUCCCAGGCUCGUGGUCUGUUUGCCCGCGCUUUUUCCAUGAGUGGAGCUACGGGAGUGGACCAUCCUAUGGUUCUGGCCAGGGAGCCUGUGACGAUGGCGGAACUGGCGGCCAGACGUGAGCAGUGUCUGGGCGAGACUGACCCAGUUCCUGAGACGGACGAGCAGUGGGCGCCCGUGGUAGAGUGUCUGAGGAAAGUGCCAGAGGACAGGUUCGGAUCCAUGGCAGGUCUUGGAGAAAUGCCAUUAAUUGGACCGGUGGUAGAUGGAGACUUAGUACCGAAUGAUCUGGCAUCCAUACCUCCAGACGCCUUGUUCUACGGCCUGAUCUCCGAACUGCUUAAGUCUGGCUAUGGCCAGGUCAGUCCUGAGGUAGUGGCAAAGGUCGCAGAGUACUACCAGGAGAACUUUGAGGUGAGCCCAGUAGCAGAUUUCAGCGCAGACAGUUUCUUCAUCAUCCCCAGUCUUGAGUACAUCAACGCCGCCUCAGGUAGUGCCAAUCAGAGCAAGGCAUGGCUUCUUCGCUUCGUCAACUUUGCAGAGUUCAUGACCGAAAAGAACAAAGGAAUGUGUCACGUGAUGGAUCUGUUCUACCUGUUCGAUAUCGAUAUAAACGAGAUCAAGAAAUGGGUCGAUUUCAAGAUCGACAGCAGCAAAUGGAGCCAGGAAGAUACAGACCUUAAGGCCAAGUAUGGCCAACUGGUCUCGUCUUUUGUAAAGACAGGAAAACCGGAAGUGCCAAAAGAAGCCAGUGGCAAGGAGCCCCCGACAUGGCCGCCCUAUGACCCCGUCAAGGGUCAGUACCUGGCCUUUAGCUCGGCUCCCAGUCUGGCUCAGCACCUCAAGGCAGACCGCCUGAGACUGUUCCAACAGCAGAUCCCAGAAUGGAUCCAGGAAUUCCCGCUGCAGCCUCCGAGCAAAGAGGAGCUGUAGAGCAUCAUGGAGGAACAUGAAUUUGUUUUGUGUAAAUUAGUUAUUAGUUGGGUAGUUAGUUAAUAAAUAUAACUGUUAUAGUGCGGUCU